CGUAGAUACAAUAAUUAAAUAUCACGUGACAUAACUAAUGUGGUCAUAGAUUUAAAUUGGAAAAGAUAUUGAUUCCAAAAUGCUCAAAGUGAAUCUGGAUAAUAGCUGGCCAUUAUUGAAUCGAUCAAUUAACGAAAUUCAUCAUCUUUUUCGUACUAGACAACUGUCUCCAUCAGAUCUUUUCGAAGCAUGUCGCCAGAGGAUACGCGAUACAAAAAUGUUGAAUUCGUUCAUAACCUGUACCGACGAUCUAGGCUUGGACCAAUCAUCAAAAUCCAACGAAAGAUAUCUUCAAGGUAAGCCAUUUGGCUUGUUGGAUGGAAUACCGAUUUCAAUCAAAGAUAAUUUCAACACUAAAAAUAUCCGAACAACGUGUGCUUCUAAGAUGCUUGAAAAUUAUCAUCCACCAUUCAAUGCAACUGUAGUAGAAAAAUUAUUCGAUUCAGGAGUGACAUUAAUGGGCAAAACAAAUAUGGACGAAUUUGCAAUGGGUUCAGCUUGCUCAGAAUCAUAUUUCGGUUCAGCAUAUCAUCCUUGGAAUUCUAGUCUCAAUUGUAAAUUCUGUUUAAAGUCUGAAAACCCAAAAACAAUUACCGAAUCUAAGCCAGUUGACGAUAAAAACUGCUGGUUCAUAACCGGUGGAAGUUCUGGUGGUAGUGCAGUUUCGGUUGCCACAGGAGCUUGUUUUGCUGCACUUUCAUCCGAUACUGGUGGAUCAACUAGAAAUCCAGCUUCACGUCUAGGCAUCGUAGGAUUCAAACCAUCGUACGGAUUAAUUUCUCGAUUCGGUUUGAUUCCAUUGACACAUUCACUUGAUGUACCAGGAAUUAUGGCUCGUAAUGUGAACGACGUUCGAUUGGUUUUCACCUGUCUUCAUGGUCAUGAUCCGAGGGAUUCCACUACUGUUGCAGUUGAAAUUGAAGACUGCGAACAUCUUGAUUUAAAUAAUUUGACUAUUGGAAUACCUGUAGAAUAUGACGUUGAAAAUCUGAGUCCAACAAUUUCCAAAGCUUGGAAAGAUGCAGAGCAUAUGUUACGCGAUGCUGGCUUACGAAUCGAACGAAUAUCACUGCCUCAUACAGGAUACUCGCUAGCCUGUUAUUCGAUUUUGAAUUCUAGCGAAGUAGCUUCAAAUUUUGCUUGCUAUGAUGGUAUCGAAUAUGGUUAUAGAACAUCAAAAAUGGAUUUAAAUUUAGAAGAUCUGUACAUAACUACACGUGAAGAAGCUCUCAAUGAUAUUGUCAAAUCACGAAUCAUUGCCGGAAAUUAUUUCCUACUAAAUCAAAAUUAUCAAAAAUUUUUCGAAAAAUCUCUUAGAAUUCGACGUUUAAUUACCGAAGAUUUUGUACGAGCAUUUCAAACAGUCGAUUUCAUCCUGACACCGGUAUGUAUAACUCAUACAAUGAAUUACCAGGAAUGGAAUCGAAUGGAUCAAACGGAAGAAGCUAUUCGUGAAGAUUACUGUACGCAACCAGCAAACAUGGCCGGUUUGCCAGCCAUCAGUUUACCAUUUAAAUUGGAUUCAGACAAUCAUCACCUGCCAAUUGGUUUGCAAAUAAUCGGUCGGCGAUUCAAUGAUUAUCAGCUGUUGAAAUUUUCCGAAAAAUUUCAACAACUUGCUCAAUUUCCUCAUCUGAUUUUUGAAUAAUAAUCUAUAGAAAUAGAUUGUCUUAGUCACUAAGACUUAGUGUUUCCAUUUGACAUGCGUGUUUUAAGUGGGAAAUUCAAAAUUUUUUUCAAAUUUAUACUCUAUUGAAUUUGUUUAUUCAAAGCAAUGUAAUGCACAUAUUAGAGUAUGAAUAUUAUAUGAAUCAGAAUUUCAUAGUUGAAUGCCGCUCUACAUGGAUCCAUUGUCGUCAUUAAAGUAUCAAUAAAUCAUUUCGAACAGUCAAA